CCGGAUUUAUAAACGGUUAGUUGACGUCAUGGGGAAAUAUAACGUUUGACUCACUUCCCCAGUUAUCGUUAUUCGUGGUGUGUGUCUGAAGGAAACGGAGUAACUUUAAAUACGUUCAGUUUUGGAAUAAUCCGGCAGUUACCAAUCGUAAAAUGGCUCGUACCAAGCAGACCGCCCGCAAGUCCACCGGAGGAAAGGCGCCAAGGAAGCAGCUCGCUACAAAGGCAGCCAGGAAAAGCGCGCCAUCCACCGGAGGAGUAAAGAAACCCCAUCGUUACAGGCCAGGAACUGUGGCUCUGCGUGAGAUCCGUCGUUACCAGAAGUCAACUGAGCUGCUGAUCCGCAAGCUGCCCUUCCAGCGCCUGGUGAGAGAAAUCGCCCAGGACUUCAAGACUGACCUGCGUUUCCAGAGUGCUGCCAUUGGAGCUCUCCAGGAGGCCAGCGAAGCAUACCUGGUGGGUCUGUUCGAGGACACCAACCUGUGUGCCAUCCACGCCAAGCGUGUCACCAUCAUGCCCAAAGACAUCCAGCUGGCCCGGAGGAUAAGGGGAGAGAGGGCUUAAAUGGUGUUCAACUGCCUGCUCCAGACAUAAUCCUAUUUAUCUUAACCAUUUCAUAAUCUUUUUUUGUUUCCUUUUUUUUGUAAUGUAUUUUAGAAUAAGAGAUCAGUCAUUCCACAAACCUCAACUCAGAUCUGGCCAAUGUGAGGAAAGAGGAAUGUAGGAAUAUCUGCUUCAAUUGCAAAUGAGGCUUGUUUUUACAUUGAGUAGAGGAUAGUGUAUUACUUGACUGUUCAAUCAGAUGCCCUCUUCAAAUGUUAAACUGGCUCAUUUUUGGAUCCUGGUGGAUAGUAUAGGCUCCAGAUGAGGUUGGAGCUCUUGCUUGUGGUUCAAGGUGUGUGGGGGGGGGGGGGGGGGGGAGAAGAGGGAUUCAAGAUGACUGAAUUCUUCUCAGCUGCCAGGGGAAGGAAUGGUCUUGGUCCUUCAUCAAUUUCCACCCUCUGUCAGCAUGUCUUGCACAACACUUCACUACUACAUAGUGGUGUUGGGAUUUACCUCUUGACACUGUCUGGGAUGGCCAGGAGCAUGACAAAGCCCCCCUGUAUAUUCUGAACUGCUUUUUACAUGUUAUUUUUCCAACAUUCAAAACCUUGGCAGCUACAUUUAAUACUAUUUAUGGAAGCAUUGUCACAUUGUAGUCUUUCUAUUAAAUGUCUUUAUGAAUAAA